AUUGUGCCAAAGAAAAUCCAGACGACGUCAUUCCUUCAGUUCAGUUGUCCGUUCAACCAUUUAUAGAAAUCCUGCACGUGAAGUAAUUAAUGUCAUGUCAUACCAAAUAAGUGAUUGACAGUCUUCUGUACAGUUAAUUUCUUAUACAUAUUGUCUAGGCGGGGAAAACCUUAAUUUCGAUAUUAUUGACAGUUUUCUCCACCAGAAACUAAAGCCGAACCUUCCAAAAAAUGGAUAAAGCUAACGAGUCUAUCGAUAACGUCCCGUCAAGCCUGGACGACGAGCAGCAAGCACUCCAACAGACAACCAAGGCUGAAGAUUGUAGCAGCCCAAAUUAUUUGACCAUUGAAUCAGCUGAAGUAGCGAAUGCAAAUGAUGCAUACUCUCCUGCUCUCCAACUUGAAAGCUCACUUAAUGAAUCAGCCAAUGACAGUUACGUACAAGUUGAAGGCCUUUUGAAGUUGCCACAACUGGAGAGCACAAGAAUCAGCGUCACUGAUGCAGAUUUGAGCAAAGUGCAAUCAGAGUCUGGUGACUCCCAAAACCCUUUGAAUGCUGGGUUUGUCAAACCUAAUUUUGAUAAUCAGUCUUCUUCAAAGUUGGAUCCAAAUGAAAUUUCGGUAUUUAUGGAGUCUGAUUUUGAUGCAGGCCAACAAAUUAUUGAGUCAGAAGACAAUGCCCAACCUACUUUAGGCACAGAUUCCAACAUGGAAUGUUUGAAUGAAUCCAUAAAGUCUGCAUCGGAAAAUCAAGAGCCCACUGAUUUGGUAAAACAUGAAUCAACUGACAAUAUCCUUCCUCCUGCAGGUUUAGAUACAAGUGUUGUUGAGCUUAAUGAUUCUGCAUUAUCUAUUUCUGAAAAUCAAGAGCUUAAUCAGCAUGUUGAGGCAGAAGAUAGUAUUCUACCUGUCUCCGAAGGAGAUUCUUCCGUGGAAGUUUUAAUGAACACUUCUAUUGCACUUCAGCUAAACCAAGAACCUAUUGAGGCUGUGCCGGAAAAGAGUGUUUUGCCAACAGGAAAUGGUGUGCUAAAACAAAGUGAUUUAUUAAAGGAUAAUAGCGUAUCAGAUAAGGAACCAAAUGAAGAAAUAGUGAAUGAGAUUUCUUCCUCGAUACAUCAGGAGCUUCUUAAUGUUGAGAAAAAUACAUCUGUGAAUGGUGUAGAAGAUCCGUCUGAAAAUGUUAAGACCAAUGAUUCCGAUGAGGGUCAUUUGAAUGAUGAGACAACGAAUUCUGAUCCAGAGGUCGAGCAGCUGAUGAAACUUCCGGAGACAGUCUCUCAGCUUACCAGUAAAGACGGAGUCAAAGUUUAUCUAGUUGGAACAGCUCAUUUCAGUCUGGAAAGUCAGGAAGAUGUUGCCAAGACAAUUCUCAUGACACGUCCUCGAGUUGUUGUCGUCGAACUCUGCGUUUCUCGCCUCAAUAUUCUUCGUUUUGACGAGAAAACCAUUUUGGAAGAGGCUAAAAACCUAAAUAUGGAAAAAGUAAGGUCGACCAUCAAGCAGUAUGGAGCUGUUCAAGGCGCAUUGUAUCUGCUCUUUUUAUCUACAUCGGCACACUUGACUCGUCAGCUGGGAAUGGCACCAGGUGGUGAAUUUCGCCGGGCCUACCACGAAGGUCGUAAUGUUCAAGGCUGUCGAAUUCAUUUGGGCGAUCGGCCAAUUCAUGUGACUCUUCAUCGUGCUUUGGCUGCCCUAUCGCUGUGGCAGAAAGCUAAGUUGGUUUGGCACUUACUCCUCAAUCGAGGACCUAUCAGCGCAGAAGAAGUGGAGCGCUGUAAACAAAAAGAUCUUCUUGAAGAGAUGCUAGAAGAGAUGACUGGUGAAUUUCCUCCACUCAGUCGGGUUUUCGUCCAAGAAAGAGACCUCUGCUUGGCUCAUUCACUGCAACUGGCAGCUGCGGAUGCCGCCUCCGAGGCCCGUUCCAAUUCUCAGUUGAAUGAACCACCGACAGUCGUGGGUGUUGUUGGUAUCGGACAUAUUGCUGGAAUUUCUCGUUACUUCGGGAAGGUUUCCGAGAGCGACGUAAGAAAAGUUAUGAGUAUUCCGCCCCAGACGAUGGCGAGUCGUGUAUUUGUUGUCUCAUUCAAAUUGUCCAUGUUGAGCAUUGCGUGCUACGGAUGUUACAAGGUUAUCCCCAAGGUUCUUCCUUCCCGUUUAAACGUAAUCGAUUUAUCUUCCAUUCGUCAAUACAUCUUUUCGCGUUAGGAAUUAGGACAAAAUUCCAUUUUCAGUCGAUUUUUUAGAAAAGGUUUGUGUUUUGGGUUUGGCCAUGGAUUUAGAAGUGGAAAUACGAGAUGAUUACGAACAUGUAGAUGAGGAUUUGUUGUAUACACCUGUGAAUAUUUCCGGACGUGGCGUCGCCGAAGUGAUGUUUUCGGAGCAGUUCGAAGGGUGUGCGUGCUCUGGGGCUUGCGGUGUCCAUUGCGGUUGUGUUAGAAACAGAAUGCCUUUUUACUAUUCCGGUGGUGGUUUGACGGAUUCGGACAAUCCACCUGACCUGAUUUAUGAGUGUCAUGUUAAUUGCCAAUGCGAAUCCAAGUGCUCGAAUCGUUUAGUUCAAAAGGGACCGCAUGCGGGACUCGCGUUAAUGGAUGCCGGUCCAAAAGGAAUCGGCUUACACUGCAAAGUGGAUCUGUUGAAAGGUGCGUUUGUUUGCGAGUACGCUGGAGAAGUUAUCGGAGCAGAAGAGGCCCGACGAAGAUACGCCUUUCAAAAGGAGUUGGGUCGUCGGAAUUACAUCUUUGCCCUGCGAGAGCAUUUUGGCAAGGAGAAUUGCCCGACCCUCACAUACAUCGACCCUUCUUCCAUCGGUAAUAUUGGUCGAUACAUUAAUCAUUCGUGCGAUCCCAACCUUUUGAUUGUUCCUGUUCGUACGGACACUGUCGUCCCUAAACUGUGCCUCUUUGCACGACGAAAUAUUUCUGCCCUCACGGAAUUGACGUUUGAUUACGGUGGAGGUAUUGAACCCAUCCAGGGUGUGCCGGACGGAUGGAGCGGCGGAACAGUCUGCCAAUGCAUGGCUUCUGUUUGCCGCCACUUUUUGCCUUUUGAUUAUUCCCUAGGCUGAGUCGUUGCCGUUUCAUAAGAGUUAAAAUAUGUUUGUUUCAAUUUCUUCCCAUUAAUAGUCUGAUUAAUAACCGGUUCUAAACUCUUUCAUUGAUAAUUUAAUUGCUUAAAAUGUAUGUGGAUAAUUUGGAAAUUUUGGAACAUGUGCAUUAUCAUAAAUGUGUGGAUUUAUUAAUACAUUACGUCUUCAAAAAUAGAAAA